CCCGCUGACGAGGCCCGUGUCGCAGCGAUAAACCAAUUUCCCGCGAGGAUACGUGGUACUAUGGAUGCGUCGCGGUCGAUUUAACACCAGUAUUCCGUGGCGAAUGUGCCAUGUCGGUCUCGGAUCCUCUCGUCAAAGAGCUGAAAGGAUGGACGCGAAAGCUGAUAGAACACGCUGGAGAAAUCACUGAUGAAAAUGCGGAUCUGUGUCACUUUUGCAAGUGCUUAGAAAAUUGCCUGCAAAAAGGUUUACUGCCUACUCUCGACAGCGUUGGAUAUUUAAAGGUACCUUAUGCGUGGCACUGGUUACAAUAUGUCGCUGAAAAGAAUUACAGCGGUUACAAUACGUUCCUUUUGGUAGUUGAGCAAGUGAAGCAAAAUGCAAAGGUGCAUACAUCUGCCGGACGACUUCGUCUUCUGAUAAGAAUAUGUCUAGUGCGAAAAUGCCUUCACAUGCCAGUAGAAAUAUUGACCAGAAUACCAGCUCUAGCUACUGAGUUUUACAACUCGAAGAGCAUUUUGGGAGAUGACAUUUUACGAGAGAUACUACUGUCUGUGCUACUGCAGUGCAGCAAGUUUAAUUUUAAACUAAAUUUAAGAAAUGCAACUUUUUUGGAUGACACUUGGCAGAUGCCAAGAUGCGUAGCUUUGGAGCUGGUACCUUGCAAAAGUUUAGGGAUUUCUGUAUGUUUCACCAACGAGAAGGCAUUAGUCGUCAAUGUCAACGAGAAAUCAGUUGCAGCUGAAGAUAAUAAAGUCGAAAUUGGAGACGUACUGGACGAGAUAAACGAGAAUGUCAUCAAUGGUGAAAGCAAGGGGAAAUUACGUAAAAUUAUGAGGAAGGCUAGUGGACAACCGAUAAUGCUACAUAUCAUUAAGCAUUACAGCAAAAAAUCCUGUGAGCUUUAUGAACCAAUAGUGCAUCUUAUAAAACAUUCAGGUAUUGAGAGCAUGAAACCUUUAAUACAGUUAUCACGAUUGGACCAAGUGGAGGAGACCACUAAAAAAAAUCAGAUCUCUAAUUGUAAGUUAAAAAGUAAAACGUUAGGCAGCGGAUUUUCCGUAAAAUAUUGCGGCUCUGUGCAUGUCGGUACAGAGGGAGAUGUUAAACAAAUUGAGAAAGCUAUUUGGCGCUUAUUGAAGUCUAGAGAUGUAAACCAAGUGCCUGUGCGAUUUGAAUGUUUAGAAAUUGGAAUUGUGGUAACUCGGGAAACAGACAAUCAGACAAUAUGCAAACAAAGUUAUAUGGAAAUUUCAUCAUGUGGACGUACCAUCAAUAUCCCAGACUAUUUUGCAUUCAUCGCAGGAGAAACAAAUUGUAACCUGGCAACAAAAUUUGAUGCUUACAUCUUUUAUCAUCAAAAUGACAUUGAGGUCCAACAAAUAUUACAGAGUUUGGGACAAGGAUUUCAACGUACUCACUUUGCAGUAUGAAUAUAUAUAUAUAUAUAUAUAUAUAGAUUUAAACUGUACUAUUUAGAAAAAAGAAUAUUGUUACCUUUGUAUCUUCCUUGUAUUAUUUAUUAAUAUUUUUCUGCAGAUCUGUAAAACCAAAGAACUCAAUAAAAUUAUCUAUAAAAAUCAUC